UUCGUUGCCCCAACCCCUGAUGAUGGAAGGGUUCAGUUUAAAAAACAUCAAUCUUAUUUGUUUCAAUCUCCUUCUCCUCCUUACUCUCUUCAGCUGCAAUCUGACACAGUUGAUGUCAGACCCAAACCCAAUAGAAGCUGCUGUGUGUGCAAUGAUAAAAUGUGGGCAAGGAACAUGCAAGCCCUCCAAUGCUUCAAUUAUUGGUUUUGACUGUGAGUGUGAUCCUGGUUGGAAGGAAAUUCAGAUUGGUCCUUUGACCUUCCCCUCUUGUGUUGUUCCUAACUGCACACUUGAUUUCCAAUGUGGCAAUGGAUCUCCACCGCCGCCCCCGCCGCCAGCUCCUCUUCUUCCACCCCUUCCGACCCUGUUUCCAAACCUGACUGACCCUUGUGCCCUUGUUUGGUGCGGUGACGGAACGUGCAUGACCAAUGGAACUGGAUACGCAUGCAAUUGCAAUGAAGGAUCGGCAAAUUUGAUGAAUUUAACAGGCUUUGCUUGUUUUAAGGAAUGCUACUUUGGAGCAGAUUGCAAAGGUUCUGCAACUACACAACCUAGUACUUCUAGCUCCUCAAGAAAUGACAUAACAAAUGGGGGAUCUAGUGAAGUGCCAAAUUUCUUAAGGAGCUUCCAUACACUACACACAGUAAUGUUAGCUGUAAUCUUUAUAACUUGGAUUUAAGCGAGAAAAAAAGGAGACCAAGACAAUGAACACGAUGAUCAUAGUGAUAAGAAUAAUUGGAUUAGUAUACCAAUGAGAUACUCUUUUUUUUAGCAAAUAAUUAUAAGUGUUCUAAGGAAAUUCUAUACAAAAAUCAUUCUCUUUCUCUUCUUGUCUUCUUGAUGAUGUUUUCCAAUUUUAUAUUCUUCUGAGUCCU